UGUUACGAGCUCUUGAGAUCACAUGGUCGUACGGUCGCAUAGUUUGCCCGAUACACGAAAUUUUUUAGUUUAUAAUAUAGAAAUAUUACGGCGUAUCGUACAAAAUAGCUUUCAAUUAAAGUUAAGAAAAGAAUAAGUAUGCAAACUGUGACAAAGAUAGGAAUUGGAUGGUAGGACUGUAACCGCUGCAAUAGGCAUAUAUUGUUUUAUACUUUCCAAACAAAACGUAAUUGCGAAAAGAUAUGACAAUAUGAAAGCAAGAGAGCAUAUUCGUAAUGCAAAUAUUGUGGAUUAAAGGAUUUCUUUAAGGAUUUAAAUAUUGUAAAAUAUUAAGGAAUUUGACUAAAAAUGGCUGCGUUUAUUCAACUCAACGAAAAUCAAUUAAAAAUGGUACAAGAAUUAGAAAUGGAGAUGAUGUCCGAUAUGUAUACUCGUAUGACAUCAGCGUGUCAUAGAAAAUGUAUACCGCCAAAGUAUCUGGAAUCUGAAUUAACCAAAGGGGAAUCGAUAUGUCUCGAUCGUUGUGUCUCCAAGUAUCUGGAUGUUCACGAACGUAUCGGGAUGAAGUUCACUCAGAUCUCUAUGCAGGCAGAUAACUUUAUGAAAGAUAAAGAUGCGGAACAAAAAUAAAAUAAAGUAUCGUUUUCUUAAAGGAAGUUAGUAUAAAUUUUAUUUCUGUGCAUUUAAUAGUUUCUGUUUCUUUAGGUGAUUAUGGUUGAAAAUAUCGACGAUUCAACGGU